AUGCUGGGCUUCGAGUGCCUUCGCGCGUUGGUGCUUCACGGCACGGCUCUUCUCGACGAGAGUUCGCUGAGCUUGAGUGAGCACCAGGCCGCCACUACCGCCAACCACCAUUGCUGCAGGCAGGAUUCAAUCCACGCUGGGCUCUUGGGUGUGGUGAAAACACGACCUGGCGGACAGAAGGUAGGCAAAGCAAGAGGGCAGCCCUACUAA